AUCCUAGUCCCCAAUUGAAGACUGAAAUUAUGAAACGUUUUAGUACCAGAGCCGGAGUAGUUUGACUAUUGCAGCAGCUACAACUGUCUCACGGUGUUUUCUUACGAGCUAUAAAACAAAGCGGCCCUGCAAAAGGCGGGCGACACUUCUCGUCACUCUGCUCCUUUUCUGCGCCGAUCAACUGUUUCCCUCUAUAAAGCGAAUCCGGAGGCCGAGACAGCUGAUUCCGGGGGGGAAUUCAGAUUAGGCUGAAGAAGAUGGCCGUAGUUGCUUCUGCUCCCGGGAAAGUUUUGCUGACUGGCGGCUACUUGAUACUGGAGAGGCCCAAUGCCGGGAUCGUGCUGAGUACUAACGCUAGAUUCCACGCCAUUGUUAAACCUCUCUUCGAUCAGCUCAGCCCUGAGAGCUGGGCCUGGGGUUGGUCUGAUGUCAAGCUGACUUCUCCCCAGCUCAAUAGGGAGAGCAUGUACAAGUUGUCUCUUAAGAAUUUUAAUCUUCAGCGAGUCUCCUCCAGUGACUCAGGAAAUCCGUUUGUUGAACAUGCGGUAGAAUAUGCUGUUGCGGCUGCAAAUGCUACCUUUGAUAGAAGUAAGAAGGAUGCCUUAGACAAGCUACUUUUGCAAGGUCUUGAUAUCACAAUUUUGGGUGGUAAUGACUUUUAUUCAUACCGAAGCCAGAUAGAAGCACAUGGUCUCCCUUUGACAUCAGAAUCACUGGCGUCACUCCCUCCUUUCAAGUCUAUCACUUUUAACGCUGAUGAGAAUGCAAGUGGUCAACAGUGUAGGCCUGAAGUUGCAAAGACAGGUCUGGGCUCAUCUGCAGCAAUGACCACUGCUGUGGUUGCUGCUCUACUCAAGUACUUUGGACUAGUUGAUCUUUCUUCCUCCAGCUAUAACGAAACUGCAGAUCUUGAUCUGGUUCAUAUCAUAGCUCAAAGUGCUCAUUGUAUUGCGCAAGGCAAAGUUGGCAGUGGGUUUGAUGUCAGUUCUGCAGUUUACGGUAGCCAGAGAUAUGUCCGCUUUUCACCCUCUGUGCUUUCAUCUGCUCAGGAUGCAGUGAGAGGAAUGCCAUUACAGGAGGUCAUAGUCGAUAUUCUGAGUGGAAACUGGGACCACGAGAGGACUAAGUUCUCUUUGCCUCCAUUGAUGACCUUGUUACUUGGGGAACCAGGAGUUGGAGGAUCAUCCACACCAUCAAUGGUAGGUGCAGUUAAAAAGUGGCAGCAAGCUGAUCCGCAGAAGUCUCAAGAAACAUGGAAGAUAUUGUCCGCAGCAAAUUCAAUGCUGGAAACACAACUUAAAGCUUUAAGCCAACUUGCAGAAGAGCAUUGGAUUGCAUAUAAAUCUGUGAUAGACAGCUGCAGCACAACAAAGAUUGACAAGUGGGUAGAGCAAGCUGCUGACCACAAGCAAGAAGCUGUUGCGAAAGCAUUACUGGGAGCAAGAGAGGCAAUGCUUGACAUCAGAAAGCAUAUGCGCCAGAUGGGAGAAGCUGCCGGUGUUCCAAUAGAGCCAGAAUCCCAGACCAAAUUGUUGGAUGUUACGAUGAACAUGGAAGGAGUUUUGCUGGCAGGGGUCCCCGGUGCUGGUGGGUUUGAUGCAGUAUUCGCUGUGACGUUGGGGAACUCUAGCAGCAGCAAUCUUGCAGCAACUUGGAGCUCGCUCGAUGUUCUGGCAUUGCUAGUACGAGAAGACCCGUGUGGUGUUCGCCUAGAACGUGGUGAUCCGAGAAGCAGUGAGAUCACAUCAGGUGUUUCUGCAUUGAGCAUCCAGUAGGGGGUAUCUCCAGAUUUGUUGUAGUGAAAUGUAUUCUACUGUUGGAAUGAGAGUCCUGAGCGAGAUAUUGUGCAAUACGAGGUUUAGUUUAGGUUGUUUAUGGCUGAAACUGGAAGAUGCAAAGACCCUUUUGGUCUGAAUAAAUAAUGUGGUAGUUUGGUUUGAUAGGAGGAAGAGAAUAAUUAAUGGAAGGAGUG